UGCGUGUGUCCUGCUCCGCCUCUGCGGGAAGGGCGCUAGGAGCUCUCCAAGUGGCCGAGGCGACUUCCCGCUAGGACCCCAGACGGCCCUCCGCGGCCGACGGACGCAGGUGCCCAGCCCGGCCCCCGACGCGGGGCUCCCAAGGUGCGGCCGGCGGCUCCAGGCUGAGGCCGCCCCACCUGCGUGGCACCCGCCCGCUCCCCCGCUCGCCAUGGCCCCGGUCCUGACGGUCGCCGUCGGUUGCAUCAGCCUCCUCUGCCUGCAGCUCCCAGGCGCGCUGUCCCGCGGCCUGGGCGGGGGCCCGCGGCCCGUCAGACCUCGGGAGCACCCAGCCCGGACCUCUUCCAGAGGCCUGCAGCCCUGGCACCCUGCAGCCCGUCCUGCGGUCCGGAAGCUUCAUCAGGCCCCCCAGCCACAGAGGAGUGCCCGCCUGGCACCUGCUAUGGGUCAGCCCCUCCGGGAUGGUGGCGGCCGACACUCAGGUCCCCGAAGACACUCGGGCUCCCACAGGCCCCGAGCCCAGCUCCUGCGGGUGGGCUGUGUGCUGGGGACCUGCCAGGUGCACAAUCUCAGCCACCGCCUGUGGCAGCUUGUGGGAUCAGCCGGCGGGCGGGACUCAGCGCCUGUGGACCCCAGCAGCCCCCACAGCUAUGGCUGAGGGGGGCUGGCCACACCCCUGCCCGCCCCAGCUGGGGUGCUGUGCCCAGCCCCUGGAGCUGCAGCUGAGCCCCGGCCCAUCCCUCCGAGCUCCUGCAGACAUAAACCUAUGCACAUGUGUAGACCCAGGCCGGUCUACAAG